AUGAUUUCCGAUCUCAUUGUCAUCGCAGUCACCUGGAAACACACAUUCCGGGAGCGAUGGCAGAUUUCCGGGGAUAGUAUCAAAUCUUCUAUAUUUGGGCUUAUCUUGAGAGAUGGAACAAUCUACUUUCUCAUUCUUCUCCUGUUCAACAUUAUGCAAGUUAUCACUGUAGAGCCUGCUGUUAGCGGAUCGUACUAUACGGACUACGUUGUAGGGUUCCUCGCACCGAUUCAAUCUAUCCUCAUCUCUCGGUUCAUCCUCAACCUGCGCCGGGUUUUUGAUUCAUCUACCGACGGUUAUGAUGACCUCUAUUCACGCAAGAGUUUCUCGUAUAUGAGUACACUACAUGCACAUACGAUUGAGUUCGCGUCAAACGUCAUUGGCAAUAUGGGUGCACCUCUCGACCACGAGGCCUUCUUCCAAGAAGACUAUGAUGAUGUUAUCAGCAACUGUGUCGAUUCGAGUGCUGUUGUGGACUCUGGUUGUGAGCGGAGGAAGGGGAUCGGUUAUGAUGUAGGGAGCGGGCUGCAGAGAGAAGAGACGAUAGGAUGCGAGAAUAGGAUUGUAGUUGAAGAAAUCGAACUACAGGAAAAAACUACAUAA